CAUCACGCUCGCAUCUUCUAGACAUCGGCGGCGAUGGCGAACGGAAGGCAGCCAGGGCCUUUGAUCACGUUCUACGCGCCCGGAGGGCGGACCUUUCAGAGGAUCUUCCGAGAUGCCACCCUAUCGCAAACGAAGGACGCGGUGAGGCAGAAGCUCAAGCUUUCUGCCGAUAAGGCAAUACAGCUGGCGCGAAUCGAGAAUGGGAAACGUAUUGAUCUGGACGAUGACGAUGACUUCGACGCAUUUCGUAUUGCUACACGCUCGAAGACCGCAGCAGAAGUCUCUGUGAGCGUCGGUAGCUCAUCCGUCGGUGCUGGAACAUCCAUUAGCCAUGCUCAACCGGCCACUAGCGUGCUCAGUGGCCACCCUCAACCGGAGUCCACUAGCGUUCUGACUGGGGUGCGUAAACGCAAGAGGAAGCGAACUUCGAUGGCGCCUUCACCUGGGGAUGGCCCUAUCGCGUCAACUUCCUACAUGGCUGGUUCUCUGAUGAAGCCAAAUGAGACCAUCCCUCCAGCAACUCAUACUGGUGAUGGCGCCGUGUCAGCGCUUCCGAAUGUUGAGACAGCGGGUCCGCAUGACUUCGAGGUCGAACGCCCCCGGAAGAAGCAGAAGAAGCAGAAGUUCAGAGACUCGAGCAUACAGGACCUAGUGGAUCGUUCCGCUUCGAACCCGCCCCCAAGUUAUGUCCCUCCCACUCCCGAUUCGCUGGCUUCGGGUUCUGGUCCUGCGCGCACACAUCCCAACGAGGAUGUCGAUCCUUCUGGUGUGUCACUGGACGCAGUGCGCCCUGAAGCGGGGUCCAGAAUGCAUCGCGACUUGCUCAAGAAGAAGCGAAAACGAAAGAGUGUUGUGGACCCAACAGUUCUUACUGACGCCGACGCUGCUGGUCCUUCAAACUCUCCCAUUGACCAUCCCUUACCCCCUCCAGUACCUCCCGAGACACCGAUGGACGAUGCUGAGCCAUCGACCGCUGUCAUGGUCAAGCAUAAACUGUGGAAACGCAGGCAAAUACCCAAGCCUGUGAUGCCCACGCCGCAACCUGGUCCCUCUGCAGAUACUGGUGGUUUGACUACGGAAACACCGGAUGCUCCGCCUGGCGAUUCUCCCAUCAAGAAGCGUAAGAAAGAGAAGGUGCCGAGCGAGGUAGUCGUGCCUGAUCAGCCUCAACCUCCAUCGGAAUCAACUCCGCCCGUCAAGACAAAGGAUGUUGAAGCUAAUGUUCCAAAGACGAAGAGCAAGAAGGGGAAGAAAGCUGAGAGCAGGCGAGACGAGGCUACUGAGCAUGAGCAGACCGAGGUGGCACCAUCCUCCGAGCCGCCUAAACGGUCCAAGAAGGCGCGGCCAGAAAAGGUCGAGCAAGCGGAUGACCCAACCGUCUCGGAGACCGUUCCUGAGACCGUCGCCGCAGACAGCGUACCGCCGGCCACGGAGACGAAGCCAAAGAAGAAGAGCAAGAAGAAGCGAGGAGAAGACGAGAGCGCGGCUGCUCCUCCAGAGGCCGAACCUGCCGUUCCUCCUGUUGUCGCUGACCAGCCUAUGGAUACUGCGGAGGCAGUAGCUAACGCUAUGGCCGUCAUACUUGCCCGAUCCAAGAAGGCCGAUAAGCCUGCUGUAGCAGCAGGUGAUGCUAAUGUUCCUGGCUCCUCUACGUCAAAGAUGGAUGCCAGUCAUGCGCAGGAAGAUCCUAUGGCAGGGCCAUCUCGUUUAGACUCUACGUCGACCAGCAAAGAGAAACGUAAGUCCAAGUCGAAGAAAGCAAGUACAGCGGUCGUAGAGGACGCGUCCACAGAGCCGGCCGCUCCUGCAACGGAGCCCACGGCUGUCGCGAAACCUAAGAGCAAGAAGCGCAAAGGCGACGACUCAGCCACGAACGUCACUGCUGUAGCUCCGCCGUCAACACAGGCGGAUGAUGAUGACAAGCCGUCGGACAACAUGAAGGCCGUGCAAGCUGCCAUUUUAGCCGUCAUGCGCAGACAACACGCUGGCACUCCUGCCCAAUCAAGGUAGCUCAGCAACCCAGCAUACCUGACCCUGUACCAGAGGUUAUACAAGAAGAGGCUCAGGAAGCGCCAGUAAAGCCCAAGAAACACCGGAAGGAGAAGGCGAAGGAGAAGCCCGCCGACCUGAAGCCCAUAGA